CCUGUGGUGCCUGCAGCGAACCCAUCCUACGUGCCCCCACCCCAGUGCCAGCCGGGCGAGUUCGCCUGUGCCAACAGCCGCUGCAUCCAGGAGCGCUGGAAGUGCGACGGGGACAAUGACUGCUUGGACAACAGCGACGAGGCCCCGGCCCUCUGCCAUCAGCACACCUGCCCCUCGGACCGCUUCAAGUGUGAGAACAACCGGUGCAUCCCCAACCGCUGGCUCUGUGAUGGGGACAACGACUGUGGGAACAGUGAAGACGAGUCUAACGCCACUUGCUCAGCUCGCACCUGCCCACCCAACCAGUUCUCCUGUGCCAGUGGCCGCUGCAUCCCCAUCUCCUGGACGUGUGAUCUGGAUGAUGACUGUGGGGACCGCUCCGAUGAGUCUGCCUCGUGUGCCUAUCCCACCUGCUUCCCCCUGACGCAGUUUACCUGCAACAAUGGCAGAUGCAUCAACAUCAACUGGCGAUGUGACAAUGAGAAGGAUUGUGGGGACGGCUCUGACGAAAAGACCUGUCCUGAGCCUGCCGACAAUGACUGUGGGGACAACAGUGAUGAGGCCGGUUGCAGCCACUCCUGCUCCAGCACUCAAUUCAAGUGUAACAGCGGGCGCUGCAUCCCCGAGCACUGGACCUGUGACGGGGACAACGACUGCGGGGACUACAGUGACGAGACCCACGCCAACUGCACCAACCAGGCCACGAGGCCUCCUGGCGGCUGCCACAAUGAUGAGUUCCAGUGCCGGCUGGAUAGUCUGUGCAUUCCCCUACGGUGGCGCUGUGAUGGAGACACUGACUGCAUGGACUCCAGUGAUGAAAAGAGCUGUGAGGGAGUGACCCACGUCUGUGACCCCAACGUCAAGUUUGGCUGCAAGGACUCUGCUCGAUGCAUCAGCAAAGCAUGGGUGUGUGAUGGCGACAGUGACUGUGAGGAUAACUCGGAUGAGGAGAACUGUGAGUCCCUGGCCUGCAGGCCGCCCUCGCACCCCUGCGCCAACAACACCUCAGUCUGCCUGCCCCUCGACAAGCUGUGUGAUGGCAACGACGACUGUGGAGAUGGCUCAGAUGAGGGCGAGCUCUGCGACCAGUGCUCUCUGAAUAACGGAGGCUGCAGCCACAACUGCUCGGUGGCACCUGGUGAAGGCAUUGUGUGCUCGUGCCCGCUGGGCAUGGAGCUGGGGCCCGACAACCACACCUGCCAGAUCCAGAGCUACUGUGCCAAGCACCUCAAGUGCAGCCAGAAGUGCGACCAGAACAAGUUCAGCGUGAAGUGCUCCUGCUACGAGGGCUGGGUGCUGGAGCCGGACGGCGAGAGCUGCCGCAGCCUAGACCCCUUCAAGCCAUUCAUCAUCUUCUCCAACCGCCAUGAGAUCCGGCGCAUCGACCUUCACAAAGGGGACUACAGCGUUCUGGUGCCUGGCCUGCGCAACACCAUCGCCCUGGACUUCCACCUCAGCCAGAGCGCCCUCUACUGGACAGAUGUGGUGGAGGACAAGAUCUACCGCGGGAAGCUGCUGGACAACGGAGCCCUGACUAGCUUCGAGGUGGUGAUUCAGUACGGCCUGGCCACCCCCGAGGGUCUGGCUGUAGACUGGAUUGCAGGUAACAUCUACUGGGUGGAGAGUAACCUGGACCAGAUUGAGGUGGCCAAGCUAGAUGGGACCCUUCGGACCACCCUCCUGGCUGGUGACAUUGAGCACCCAAGGGCAAUCGCGCUGGAUCCACGGGAUGGGAUCCUGUUUUGGACAGACUGGGAUGCCAGCCUGCCCCGCAUCGAGGCCGCCUCCAUGAGUGGGGCUGGGCGCCGCACCAUCCACCGGGAGACAGGCUCAGGGGGCUGGCCCAACGGGCUCACUGUGGACUACCUGGAGAAGCGUAUCCUCUGGAUCGAUGCCAGGUCAGACGCCAUUUACUCAGCCCGUUACGACGGCUCCGGCCACAUGGAGGUGCUUCGGGGACACGAGUUCUUAUCGCACCCGUUUGCAGUGACGCUGUAUGGGGGGGAGGUGUACUGGACGGACUGGCGGACAAACACGCUGGCCAAGGCCAACAAGUGGACCGGCCACAAUGUCACCGUGGUACAGAGGACCAAUACCCAGCCCUUUGAUCUGCAGGUGUACCACCCCUCCCGGCAGCCCAUGGCUCCCAAUCCUUGUGAGGCCAAUGGGGGCCGGGGCCCCUGCUCCCACCUGUGUCUCAUCAACUACAACCGGACCGUCUCCUGCGCCUGCCCCCACCUCAUGAAGCUCCACAGGGACAACACCACCUGCUAUGAGUUUAAGAAGUUCCUGCUGUACGCACGUCAGAUGGAGAUCCGGGGGGUGGACCUCGAUGCCCCCUACUACAACUACAUCAUCUCCUUCACGGUGCCUGAUAUCGACAAUGUCACGGUGCUGGACUAUGAUGCCCGCGAGCAGCGCGUCUACUGGUCCGAUGUGAGGACACAGGCCAUCAAACGGGCCUUCAUCAACGGCACGGGCGUGGAGACUGUCGUCUCUGCAGACUUGCCAAAUGCCCAUGGGCUGGCUGUGGACUGGGUGUCCCGAAACCUGUUCUGGACAAGCUACGACACUAACAAGAAGCAGAUCAAUGUGGCCCGGCUGGACGGCUCCUUUAAGAAUGCGGUGGUGCAGGGCCUGGAGCAGCCCCAUGGCCUGGUGGUCCACCCGCUGCGUGGGAAGCUCUACUGGACUGACGGGGACAACAUCAGCAUGGCCAACAUGGACGGCAGCAACCGUACCCUGCUCUUCAGUGGCCAGAAGGGCCCUGUGGGCCUGGCUAUCGACUUCCCUGAAAGCAAACUCUAUUGGAUCAGCUCUGGCAACCACACCAUCAGCCGCUGCAACCUGGAUGGAAGUGGGCUGGAGGUCAUCGACGCCAUGCGGAGCCAGCUGGGCAAGGCCACUGCCCUGGCCAUCAUGGGGGACAAGCUGUGGUGGGCAGAUCAGGUGUCAGAGAAGAUGGGCACGUGCAACAAGGCUGACGGCUCGGAGUCCGUGGUCCUGCGGAACAGCACCACGCUGGUGAUGCACAUGAAGGUCUACGACGAGAGCAUCCAGUUGGACCACGAGGGCACCAACCCCUGCAGUGUCAACAACGGUGACUGCUCCCAGCUCUGCCUGCCUACAUCCGAGUCGACCCGCUCCUGCAUGUGCACCGCCGGCUACAGCCUCCGGAGCGGCCAGCAAGCGUGCGAGGGUGUGGGUUCCUUUCUCCUGUACUCUGUGCAUGAGGGAAUCCGGGGAAUCCCCUUGGAUCCCAAUGACAAGUCAGAUGCCCUGGUCCCAGUGUCAGGGACGUCCCUGGCUGUCGGCAUUGAUUUCCAUGCUGAAAAUGACACCAUUUACUGGGUGGACAUGGGCCUAAGCACUAUUAGCCGGGCUAAGCGAGACCAGACAUGGCGCGAGGAUGUGGUGACCAAUGGCAUUGGCCGCGUGGAGGGCAUCGCCGUGGACUGGAUUGCAGGCAACAUCUACUGGACCGACCAGGGCUUUGAUGUCAUCGAGGUCGCCCGGCUCAAUGGCUCUUUCCGCUACGUGGUCAUCUCCCAGGGUCUGGAUAAGCCCCGGGCCAUCACUGUCCACCCAGAGAAGGGGUAUCUGUUCUGGACUGAGUGGGGCCAGUAUCCACGUAUUGAGCGGUCUCGGCUAGAUGGUACUGAGCGAGUCGUGCUGGUUAAUGUCAGCAUCAGCUGGCCCAAUGGCAUCUCGGUGGACUACCAGGAUGGGAAGCUGUACUGGUGUGACGCCCGGACAGACAAGAUUGAGCGGAUCGACCUGGAGACGGGCGAGAACCGUGAGGUGGUUCUGUCCAGCAACAACAUGGACAUGUUCUCCGUGUCUGUGUUUGAGGAUUUCAUCUACUGGAGUGACAGGACUCAUGCCAAUGGCUCCAUCAAACGUGGGAGUAAGGACAAUGCUACAGAGUCUGUGCCCCUGAGAACAGGCAUCGGUGUCCAGCUCAAAGACAUCAAAGUCUUCAACCGGGACCGCCAGAAAGGCACGAACGUGUGCGCGGUGGCCAAUGGCGGGUGCCAGCAGCUGUGUCUGUACCGGGGCGGGGAGCAGCGGGCCUGUGCCUGCGCCCACGGGAUGCUGGCUGAAGACGGGGCGUCGUGCCGCGAGUACGCCGGCUACCUGCUCUACUCAGAGCGCACCAUCCUCAAGAGCAUCCACCUGUCUGACGAGCGCAACCUCAACGCGCCCGUGCAGCCCUUCGAGGAUCCUGAGCACAUGAAGAAUGUCAUCGCUCUGGCCUUUGACUACCGAGCAGGCACCUCCCCGGGCACCCCCAACCGCAUCUUCUUCAGCGACAUCCACUUCGGGAACAUCCAGCAGAUCAACGACGAUGGCUCGGAGAGGACCACCAUUGUGGAGAAUGUGGGCUCCGUGGAAGGCCUGGCCUAUCACCGUGGCUGGGAUACCCUCUACUGGACAAGCUACACAACAUCCACCAUCACCCGCCACACAGUCGACCAGACCCGCCCAGGGGCCUUCGAGCGUGAGACGGUCAUUACCAUGUCAGGAGACGACCACCCACGGGCCUUUGUGCUGGAUGAGUGCCAGAACCUGAUGUUCUGGACCAACUGGAACGAGCAGCACCCCAGCAUCAUGCGGGCAGCCCUGUCGGGAGCCAAUGUCCUGACUCUCAUCGAGAAGGACAUCCGCACCCCCAACGGCCUGGCCAUCGACCACCGUGCUGAGAAGCUCUACUUCUCCGACGCCACCCUGGACAAGAUCGAGCGGUGCGAGUAUGACGGCUCUCACCGCUAUGUGAUCCUGAAGUCGGAGCCAGUCCACCCCUUCGGGCUGGCUGUGUACGGGGAGCACAUCUUCUGGACCGACUGGGUGCGGCGAGCCGUGCAGCGGGCCAACAAGUACGUGGGCAGUGACAUGAAGCUGCUGCGCGUGGACAUCCCCCAGCAGCCCAUGGGCAUCAUCGCCGUGGCCAAUGACACCAACAGCUGCGAGCUCUCCCCUUGCCGCGUCAACAAUGGGGGCUGCCAGGACCUGUGUCUGCUCACUCACCAAGGCCAUGUCAACUGCUCUUGCCGAGGGGGCCGCAUCCUCCAAGAGGACCUCACCUGCCGCGCCGUGAACUCCUCCUGCCGGGCACAAGAUGAGUUCGACUGUGCCAACGGCGAAUGCAUCAACUUCAGCCUGACUUGUGAUGGUGUCUCCCACUGCAAGGACAAGUCUGACGAGAAGCCAUCCUACUGUAACUCACGCCGCUGCAAGAAGACCUUCCGCCAAUGCAACAACGGGCGCUGUGUGUCCAACAUGCUCUGGUGCAACGGGGCGGACGACUGCGGGGACGGCUCCGACGAGAUUCCCUGCAACAAGACAGCCUGCGGCGUGGGCGAGUUCCGCUGCCGGGACGGCACCUGCAUUGGGAACUCCAGCCGCUGCAACCAGUUUGUGGACUGCGAGGACGCCUCUGACGAGAUGAACUGCAGCGCCACCGACUGCAGCAGCUACUUCCGCCUGGGCGUGAAAGGUGUGCGCUUCCAGCCCUGUGAGCGGACCUCCCUCUGCUACGCCCCUAGCUGGGUGUGUGACGGUGCCAACGACUGCGGGGACUACAGCGACGAGCGCGACUGCCCAGGAGUGAAGCGCCCCAGAUGCCCCCUGAAUUACUUCGCCUGCCCCAGCGGGCGCUGCAUCCCCAUGAGCUGGACGUGUGACAAGGAGGACGACUGUGAACACGGCGAGGAUGAGACCCACUGCAACAAGUUCUGCUCGGAGGCCCAGUUUGAGUGCCAGAACCAUCGCUGCAUCUCCAAGCAGUGGUUGUGUGACGGCAGUGACGACUGCGGGGACGGCUCGGACGAGGCGGCUCACUGCGAAGGCAAGACAUGCGGCCCCUCCUCCUUCUCCUGCCCCGGCACCCACGUGUGUGUCCCCGAGCGCUGGCUCUGUGACGGUGACAAGGACUGUGCGGACGGUGCUGAUGAGAGCAUCACAGCUGGCUGCUUGUACAACAGCACCUGCGACGACCGCGAGUUCAUGUGCCAGAAUCGCCAGUGCAUCCCCAAGCACUUCGUGUGCGACCACGACCGGGACUGCGCAGACGGCUCUGACGAGUCCCCCGAGUGUGAGUACCCGACCUGUGGUCCCAACGAGUUCCGCUGCGCCAACGGGCGCUGUCUGAGCUCCCGCCAGUGGGCGUGCGACGGCGAAAACGACUGCCACGACCAGAGUGACGAGGCCCCCAAGAACCCGCACUGCAGCAGCUCAGAGCACAAGUGCAACGCCUCCUCGCAGUUCCUGUGCAGCAGCGGGCGCUGUGUGGCCGAGGCUCUGCUCUGCAACGGGCAGGACGACUGCGGGGACGGCUCGGACGAGCGCGGCUGCCACGUCAACGAGUGUCUCAGCCGCAAGCUCAGUGGCUGUAGCCAGGACUGCGAGGACCUCAAGAUUGGCUUCAAGUGUCGCUGCCGCCCCGGCUUCCGCCUGAAGGACGACGGCCGGACGUGUGCUGACGUGGAUGAGUGCAGCUCCACGUUCCCCUGCAGUCAGCGCUGCAUCAACACACACGGCAGCUACAAGUGUCUGUGCGUGGAGGGCUACGCCCCCCGCGGUGGCGACCCCCACAGCUGCAAAGCCGUGACUGAUGAGGAGCCAUUCCUGAUCUUUGCCAACCGGUACUACCUACGCAAGCUCAACCUGGAUGGCUCCAACUACACGCUGCUUAAGCAGGGCCUGAACAACGCCGUCGCCUUGGACUUUGACUACCGAGAGCAGAUGAUUUACUGGACGGACGUGACGACCCAGGGCAGCAUGAUCCGAAGAAUGCACCUUAACGGGAGUAACGUGCAGGUGCUGCAUCGGACAGGCCUCAGCAACCCGGACGGCCUGGCUGUGGACUGGGUGGGCGGCAACCUGUACUGGUGUGACAAAGGCCGGGACACCAUCGAGGUGUCCAAGCUCAACGGGGCCUACCGGACAGUGCUGGUCAGCUCUGGCCUCCGUGAGCCCAGGGCUCUGGUGGUGGAUGUCCAGAACGGGUACCUGUACUGGACAGACUGGGGUGACCACUCACUGAUCGGCCGGAUAGGCAUGGAUGGGUCUGGCCGCAGUGUCAUCGUGGACACCAAGAUCACAUGGCCCAACGGCCUGACACUGGACUACGUCACCGAGCGCAUCUACUGGGCUGAUGCCCGCGAGGACUACAUUGAGUUUGCCAGCCUGGAUGGCUCUAAUCGCCAUGUCGUGCUGAGCCAGGACAUCCCACACAUCUUCGCACUGACCCUGUUUGAGGACUAUGUCUACUGGACCGACUGGGAGACCAAGUCCAUCAACCGAGCCCACAAGACCACGGGCACCAACAAGACACUCCUCAUCAGCACCCUGCACCGGCCCAUGGACCUGCAUGUCUUCCACGCCUUGCGCCAGCCAGAUGUGCCCAAUCACCCCUGCAAGGUCAACAAUGGUGGCUGCAGCAACCUGUGCCUCCUGUCCCCCGGGGGGGGCCACAAAUGUGCCUGUCCCACCAACUUCUACCUGGGCAGCGAUGGGCGCACCUGUGUGUCCAACUGCACAGCAAGCCAGUUUGUGUGCAAGAACGACAAGUGCAUCCCCUUCUGGUGGAAGUGUGACACGGAGGACGAUUGUGGGGACCACUCAGACGAGCCCCCGGACUGUCCCGAGUUCAAGUGCCGCCCGGGACAGUUCCAGUGCUCAACGGGCAUCUGCACCAACCCUGCCUUCAUCUGUGAUGGGGACAAUGACUGCCAGGACAACAGUGACGAGGCCAACUGUGAUAUCCACGUCUGCUUGCCCAGUCAGUUCAAGUGCACCAACACCAACCGCUGUAUUCCCGGCAUCUUCCGCUGCAACGGGCAAGACAACUGUGGGGACGGGGAGGACGAGAGGGAUUGCCCCGAAGUGACCUGUGCCCCCAACCAGUUCCAGUGCUCCAUCACCAAGCGCUGCAUCCCCCGAGUCUGGGUCUGUGACCGGGACAACGACUGUGUGGACGGCAGCGAUGAGCCCGCCAAUUGCAGCAAGAUCCUGCCGCCAGCAGCCAGCCUGGGGUUCAGGGCUCACUGUGGGCUCUUUGCGGUCCGCCGGUGCCCAGUGCGUACCUGCCCCCUGGACGAGUUCCAGUGCAACAACACUCUGUGCAAGCCGCUGGCAUGGAAGUGCGACGGCGAGGACGACUGCGGGGACAACUCCGACGAAAACCCGGAGGAGUGCGCCCGGUUCGUGUGCCCUCCUAACCGGCCCUUCCGUUGCAAGAACGACCGCGUCUGCCUGUGGAUCGGGCGCCAGUGCGACGGCACCGACAACUGUGGGGAUGGGACUGAUGAGGAGGACUGUGAGCCCCCCACGGCCCAGACCCCCCACUGCAAAGACAAGAAGGAGUUCCUGUGCCGGAACCAGCGCUGCCUGUCCUCCUCGCUGCGCUGCAACAUGCUGGACGACUGCGGGGACGGCUCGGACGAGGAGGACUGCAGCAUCGACCCCAAGCUGACCAGCUGCGCCACCAACGCCAGCAUCUGCGGGGAUGAGGCCCGCUGCGUGCGCACCGAGAAAGCCGCCUACUGCGCCUGCCGCUCGGGCUUCCACACCGUGCCAGGCCAGCCCGGAUGCCAGGACAUCAACGAGUGCCUGCGCUUCGGCACCUGCUCGCAGCUCUGCAACAACACCAAGGGUGGCCACCUCUGCAGCUGCGCGCGCAACUUCAUGAAGACGCACAACACCUGCAAGGCCGAAGGCUCUGAGUAUCAGGUCCUCUACAUCGCCGACGACAAUGAGAUCCGCAGCCUGUUCCCCAGUCACCCCCAUUCGGCUUACGAGCAGGCCUUCCAGGGUGACGAGAGUGUCCGUAUCGAUGCCAUGGAUGUCCAUGUCAAGGCCGGCCGUGUCUAUUGGACCAACUGGCACACGGGCACUAUCUCCUACCGCAGCCUGCCACCUGCCGCGCCUCCCACCACUUCCAACCGCCACCGGCGACAGAUUGACCGGGGUGUCACCCACCUCAAUAUUUCAGGGCUCAAGAUGCCAAGGGGCAUCGCCAUCGACUGGGUGGCUGGGAACGUGUACUGGACGGACUCGGGCCGAGAUGUGAUUGAGGUUGCACAAAUGAAGGGCGAGAACCGCAAGACACUCAUCUCGGGCAUGAUCGACGAGCCGCACGCCAUUGUGGUGGACCCUCUGAGGGGCACCAUGUACUGGUCAGACUGGGGGAAUCACCCCAAAAUUGAAACAGCAGCAAUGGAUGGGACCCUUCGGGAGACACUGGUACAGGACAACAUCCAAUGGCCCACAGGCCUGGCUGUGGAUUAUCACAAUGAACGGCUGUACUGGGCAGAUGCCAAGCUCUCAGUCAUCGGCAGCAUCCGGCUCAAUGGCACAGACCCCAUCGUGGCUGCUGAUAGCAAACGAGGCCUAAGUCACCCCUUCAGCAUCGAUGUCUUUGAGGAUUACAUCUAUGGCGUCACCUACAUCAACAAUCGUGUCUUCAAGAUCCAUAAGUUCGGACACAGCCCCUUGAUCAACCUGACGGGGGGCCUGAGCCACGCGUCUGAUGUGGUUCUGUACCACCAACACAAGCAGCCUGAAGUGACCAACCCCUGUGACCGCAAGAAGUGUGAGUGGCUCUGCCUGCUGAGCCCCAGUGGGCCUGUCUGCACCUGUCCCAACGGGAAGCGGCUGGACAACGGCACCUGUGUGGCCGUUCCCUCGCCAACGCCCCCACCGGAUGCUCCUCGACCCGGAACCUGUAACCUGCAGUGCUUCAACGGCGGCAGCUGCUUCCUCAACGCGCGGAGGCAGCCCAAGUGCCGCUGCCAGCCCCGCUACACGGGCGACAAGUGUGAGCUGGACCAGUGCUGGGAGUACUGCCGCAACGGAGGCACGUGCGCCGCCUCGCCCUCCGGCAUGCCCACGUGCCGGUGCCCCACGGGCUUCACGGGCCCCAAAUGCACCCAGCAGGUGUGCGCGGGCUACUGCGCCAACAACAGCUCCUGCACCGUCAACCAGGGCAACCAGCCCCAGUGCCGAUGUCCACCGGGCUUCCUGGGGGACCGCUGCCAGUACCGGCAGUGCUCUGGCUACUGUGAGAACCUGGGCACGUGCCAGAUGGCCGCCGACGGCUCCCGGCAGUGCCGCUGCACCGCCUACUUCGAGGGACCGAGGUGUGACGUGAACAAGUGCAGCCGCUGCCUCGACGGAGCCUGCGUGGUCAACAAGCAGAGUGGGGACGUGACCUGCAACUGCUCCGACGGCCGGGUGGCCCCCAGCUGUCUGACCUGCGUCGGCCACUGCAGCAACGGCGGCUCCUGCACCAUGAACAGCAAAAUGAUGCCCGAGUGCCUGUGCCCACCCCACAUGGCAGGACCCCGGUGUGAGGAGCAGGUGGUCAGCCAACAGCAGCCUGGACAUAUGGCCUCCAUCCUCAUCCCUCUGCUGUUGCUGCUGCUGAUGCUUCUGGUAGCUGGAGUGGUAUUCUGGUACAAGCGGCGAGUCCGAGGGGCUAAGGGCUUCCAGCACCAGCGGAUGACCAACGGGGCCAUGAAUGUGGAGAUUGGGAACCCCACCUAUAAGAUGUAUGAAGGCGGGGAGCCUGAUGAUGUAGGGGGCCUACUGGAUGCUGACUUUGCCCUGGACCCUGACAAGCCCACCAACUUCACCAACCCCGUGUACGCCACACUCUACAUGGGUGGUCACGGCAGCCGCCACUCCCUGGCCAGCACGGACGAGAAGCGAGAACUCCUGGGCCGGGGCCCUGAGGACGAGAUAGGGGACCCCUUGGCAUAGGGCCCUGAUCACUGGACUCACCCCAGAGAGCCUCCUGCCCCCUGCCAGAGAAGUCCUUCGAUGAGCCCCCUCCUGCCCAGCCAGCCCUUCCCUGGCCCUGCCGGGGUGUAUAAAUGUAAAAAUGAAGGAAUUACUUUUUAUAUGUGAGUGAGCAAGUGAGCAAGCGAGCACAGUAUUAUCUCUUUCCGUUCUCCUCCUUCCUGCCUGCUCCUCAGCAACCCCCCCAUGCUGCCUUCAGGGAGAGGGGCAGGGAGGGCUCUGGGGGCUCCUGCGGCUCACAGGUACCUGCCUCCCACCUUCCACCAAAAUGCACCCCCACUGGGAGAGCUGGUGGUGCUGCCUCCCCUCCCUGUACGAGACACUUUGUCAAGGCUCUCCCCUCCCUCAGCCCACCCCCACUCUCACCCCCCCCCCCAGCUCCCUGAGGGCUCCUUCUGGGAAGGGAGAGUCCUUUGCUGCCCCUGUCGGGAAGACUUGGCUCUGGCUGAGGGAGCAAGGAAAGGAUGGAAUUUUUUAGUUCUUCCUUGGGGGGGGGGUGUUCCAUGUGCCAGCCCCCACUCUGGGGCACCUCUGAGAUGGCCAUGCUCAAUACCCCUCCCAGACAGGCCCUCCCCCUCUCCAGUGCCCCCACCGUGGCUCCCAGGGCUGGAGACUUUCUUCGGUAAAUGGUCCCCCAGCCUCCCCCACCCUCCCCUGGGGAUGAGGAGAAGGUGGGGCACACCCAGAAAGGGCAAGCGGGGCAGCCCCGCUUUGGGGACAUAAACGUUUUAAUAAUUUUUGCUGAACUCCUUUACAACUAAAUAACACAGAUAUUGUUAUAAAUAAAAUUGUAAAAAAAAGAAAAAAA